AUGGCAACCGAUGGGCAUGAGCCGUUAGUGACUGGAUUACUCGGGAUGUCAAACGUACUGCAGGAAGACCAUCGACCCGAUGGUAAGAGUUCUUCGCGAAGAGCCGAGAAGAAAGAUAUGAUGCUGGACGAGUCCCUGGAGCGAGCGGAACCAACUGGCUACUCUUGUACGCGACGGAGAAAAAUGGAAGAUUUGCUGGCGCCCGCUCGAGUCACUCGACGAUAA